AGUGGAAGAGAAGGAGCAGAAAGUUAUGAAACUUUCGGAAAUUUGCUAGAAAUAGUAAAUAAUGUUGAAAAUGAAUUAGAAAAGCAAGGGAAGCAUGAGUCAGCAACAUUUUCUCAAACUUAAAGUAAGCACGAAUGAGGAAGAGAGGUAGCAAAUCUCACAAGGAAAAGAAAGGCCUAAGUCAAGUGCAUUAGCAGCCUCGCGGUGUCUCAUGUAAAUAUUGCUCAUUUGUCAAAGAUCAAACUAAAAAGCCACAGGUAUCAAACUUGAUGUAUAAAGUCCAGCUAUAAGGUUAUCAAUGAUUCGUUAUUUUAUAUUGGUUCGCUUGUUUUAGAUGUAUUGAAGGCUUCAGUUGCGAAGACAGGCAGCCUCUUCUAUGAACAGUUUUUUCGCUUGGCGGAAAGAAGUUGCCUACCUGCCGUUUAGGGCUCCGUAGAACGACAGGAUUUUACUGCAGAUAAAGGCAGGCCAGUUCAAAAUGUUUCAGGCACAGGAUUCGACUUUGAGAAGUGAGGCAGACGAUCGUACUAGAAGAAGGUCGUUAGAUUUGUCAGAUCGUGGGUUAACUUAUCUCAACCCAACAGCGACAUUGAUCACUAGAAAUAUUGCCAUUGCUGAAAUUCGAAGAUUGACGCUGGUCGACAAUGCACUUUCUGUUAUUCCUAACACGAUAUCUCAGUUUGUGAGCUUAGAAGAAUUAGAUGUCUCUCGAAAUAAUAUCUCGUGGUUAUCUGGAGAAAUUGCGAGGCUGCCGAAGCUGAAGAUUCUCAUCGCGAGAAAUAAUCGACUAAGAACUCUGCCCAAAGAAAUCGAAUCUUCGCCAUCUCUCGAAAUACUUAAUCUGAGUGGAAAUCUUUUCACUGGUAUCCCUAGAGAAAUUCUUGGCAUGAGAAAACUCAAAGAGUUGUAUCUUGGAGGAAACUAUAUUGGAAUGAUCACAGAAGACAUCAAUCGACUUGAAGGGUUGCGAGUUCUCUAUCUCGGAGGCAACCAAAUUGUAAAGAUCCCUAAAUCACUUGGACAGAUGCACAAUCUCCAAGCCCUCAUUCUUUGUGACAACAGGAUAGAACACAUUCCACCAAAACUCGCUGAGUUGAAAAAUCUCAGAUCACUUAGCCUGCACAAGAACAACCUCAAGGCAUUGCCAAUGGAAAUUGUCAAACUAAUGAAUCUACAGGAGUUGAGCCUACGAGACAACCCUCUUGUAAAUAAGUUCGCAAGGGAUUAUGAUUUCAACCCACCAUCUCUCCUUGAACUCAGUGGCAGAGCUAUAAAGAUUUUCAGUCUUCCAUAUGAUGAUUUUACUUUACCAAGAGACCUGGUUACAUAUCUUGACAGUGCCCAGAGUUGUGUGAAUCCAAAAUGCAAGGGGGUGUAUUUUGACUCUAGGGUAAAGUGCCUAAAGUUUGUUGAUUUCUGUGGACAGUAUCGGCUACCUCUUGAGCAGUAUCUUUGCUCUCCACAUUCGUCUUCUUGCAAUGGCAGUGAUGCAACCGUAUCAGCUGCAAAGAUACAGAAAUUACUUCUUCCUCAGUAAGGAUGAUAGCAAUUAUUCUACAAACAGUUUGAUGAAGUAAAUGGACAAGCAUGUGUUCAUUUGUUAUUCGCAAAGAAGCACACAGUAACCUGGAAAGAUCUCUCCCUUAUGCAUGCUCUUCAAUCAAUAAAACCAUCCAAGUCACAUGUUGUUCCAUGUGCAAAGACUAUGUUGAAAUUUGAAAUAAAGAAGCUUUCAUAUUCUUUGGCUGCUUUCUGAUUUCAGAAAACCUGACAUUCUAAAAUGGAAUAAAAUUGGAAUAAACCGUACAUACUUGCACAAACACGGACAGCUACAUUGAGAUAAAAAAAUUUGUAGAAAAGUAUUUUAAAUGACCAUGAGAAUGUAUUCGCUACACUUUUGUGCCUUAUAAGCAGCGAUGUUUAUAGCACCCUUCUGGAAAUGGGUUUGUAAUUGCUAAUCAAGAAACAAUUAAAACUUUAAAGGAUUCUUACAUCAGGCAAUUGUAAUAAAUGAUUGUUCUUAGUAGGAAGACUACCAUGUUUUUUCUUGAAUUUUGUCCUUUCCCUCAUAACUCAUUUUCCCUUAA